AUGAAUGAGAUUUACAGCUAUGAUCCUGAAACGUACCAUGCAACUUUGACACAUUCAGUCUUUGUUCGGCUUGAGGGUGGGACCUUAAGACUGUCGAAGCCCAAUAAAAACAUAUCCAGGAGAGCCAGCUACAAUGAAACGAAGCCAGAGGUCACCUACAUUAGCCAGAAAAUCUAUGACCUCUCAGACAGCAAGAUUUAUCUUGUACCUAAAAGUUUGGCUCGAAAAAGAAUCUGGAAUAAAAAGUACCCCAUUUGUAUUGAACUUGGUCGACAAGAUGACUUUAUGUCUAAGACCCAGACUGAUAAGGAGAUGUCUGAAGAGAAGCCACCCGCUGAGAGAGAGCUGGCAGGCGAGGACCCUAAGAAGCCAUCUCAGGAGGGAGCAAGAUCUGGCCAGCGGGAUCAGAUACUCUAUCUCUUUGGGCGAACGGGCCGAGAAAAAGAAGAGUGGUUUAGGAGAUUUCUUCUGGCGUCUAAGCUGAAGUCGGAGAUCAAGAAGCCACCUGGUGUCUCUGGAAAUAAACCAGGGCUUUUGCCCACACACAGCAGACACAGCAGUCCCUCGGGGCAUCUGACCCACAGCCGCAGCAGCAGCAAAGGCAGCGUGGAAGAAAUCAUGUCCCAGCCGAAGCAGAAGGAGCUGGUGGGCAGUGUGCGCCAGAAGAUGCUUCUGGACUACAGUGUAUACAUGGCCAGGUGUGUCCCCCAAGAAAACCGAAGCCCCCAGAGGAGCCCCGUGCAGAGCGCUGAGAGCAGCCCCACGGCUGGGAAGAAGUUGCCAGAGUCUCUGCCCUGUGAGGAGGAAGAGCAGGAAGCCUGGGUAAAUGCCUUGCUUGGAAGAACAUUUUGGGACUUCUUAGGAGAGAAAUAUUGGUCUGAUCUGGUGUCUAAGAAAAUCCAGAUGAAGCUCAGCAAAAUAAAGCUCCCCUACUUUAUGAAUGAGCUGACUCUGACGGAACUUGACAUGGGGGUGGCUGUGCCAAAAAUCCUUCAGGCCUUCAAGCCUUAUGUUGAUCACCAAGGACUCUGGAUUGAUUUGGAAAUGUCCUACAAUGGGUCCUUUCUGAUGACUCUCGAGACCAAAAUGAAUUUGACCAAACUAGGUAAAGAGCCUCUUGUUGAAGCCCUGAAGGUUGGAGAAAUUGGCAAAGAAGGGCCCAGGGCGUACUGUCUGGCCGACAGUGAUGAGGAAUCUUCCAGCGCGGGCUCCUCCGAGGAAGACGAUGCCCCAGAGCCCAGUGGAGGAGACAAACCACUCCUCCCUGGGGGAGAAGGGUAUGUUGGAGGCCAUCGAACAAGUAAGAUUAUGAGAUUUGUAGAUAAAAUCACCAAGUCAAAAUAUUUCCAAAAAGCAACAGAGACGGAGUUCAUCAAAAAAAAGAUUGAAGAAGUUUCCAACACACCCCUGCUGCUAACUGUUGAAGUACAAGAAUGUAGAGGAACCUUGGCCGUGAACAUUCCACCACCUCCGACUGACCGGAUCUGGUAUGGUUUCCGGAAGCCGCCAUAUGUGGAGCUCAAAGCUCGGCCAAAACUUGGAGAGAGAGAAGUGACUUUAGUUCAUGUGACAGACUGGAUAGAGAAGAAACUGGAGCAAGAAUUUCAGAAAGUUUUUGUCAUGCCAAACAUGGACGAUGUUUAUAUUCCCAUAAUGCACUCAGCCAUGGACCCACGCUCCACUGCCUGCCUCCCAAAAGACCCAGGGGCGGAGGCUGCAGAUCAGCUGUGA